UUACUGCCAGAAACACUUGCUGGAAUUGUUUUUUGUUGUUUUUUUGAACAUAUGAUUAUUACCAUCAAGAUAUUUUUCUUGUUGCUUAUACAGUGUUUUCCACUCCUUCACCCUUGGGAGCAGCUGCAGAGUCCCCAGGGCAGGAGUUCAUCUUCUGACCAGGGAUAAGGCAGAGAACAGAGGUCCAUGACUCUGAGCAAAUUUUCUAGGACUGGAGAAGUGGUGGUAACAGAAGGAAAAAUACUAAUUAAUUUCUUCCAUCCUUCCAGAGUCUUCCUUCUGUGCUGCUCAUUAAAGCAGCCAAAACCAAGGUACAAAAAGGAGGCAUCUCUCACCCUGUAUAACAAAGCUGUCCACACUGCUCUGUCCUUCAAAGGGCUCCUCAAGCCCUGAGUAUCGACCUUCUUUCUACUUUUUUGCUCUGUUUUCUUGAGCAUUUUCUCUCAGUCUCAGUCCCAUAUUUGUUCUUGUGCUGUGAGGAUACAAAAUAAUAAAAAGGUUUAAGCUGGGAGCUUAAGACUUGCUUUCUCAAUUUUUUAGGAAUUACUGCUUUUCUAAGUGUAAUUCAAAACUCUUGUUCCCAGGUGGUCUUGUAAAGUCUGUGAAGAUUGUUUUCUUUCCUUGAUGCAAUGCUAUAUUUUUCUAACCUGUCUCAAACCAUGAGGUAGAGCCCUUGACUCAGCUCUAGUGAAAUUUACUUAGCACCCAGAGGAACUGUCAGCGGUGCUCAAGAAAGCUGCUUUGGCAUUUCCUACUGGGAUCUUCAUCCUGUCUCCUGCUUCACACACUUACCAGCUUAGACCUAGCCCCUCACACACUAACCUUCAUCUUUUAUCAGCUUUUCAGUGAAGAUUUUCCUCAGCUUUUUGCUUCUCCACACAUUGCUCUUCCUUCAAGGGCUCUCUGUUUCAUGCUACUCCUUCACCCAAAGGGUUCAGCUGGAUUUCUCACCUGCUUCUCCAGCCUUUUUUGCCCAGUGAAUCAGCUGUCACACUCUUUAUGUCUAUUUGUACCAGCUGUCCCCCAAAUGCUCUUGUGAAUUACUCACUGUUUCCUGCCCAAACACAGCAGUACCACCUCAGCUCCUCCUGCUCAAACCAUUCUGCUCACUGCAAACUCUUCUGGACUCUGCUGGGGAAAUCCAAAUCCUUCAGCUCUUCUCAUUGACGUACCUCAGUGCCUUAGCCAAACUCUGCUUCUGGAGGUAAACCACCAAAAUCUUCACAACAAUAUGAAAAUAUUUCUGUUUGCGAAUAUGGAAAUCAAGCCUUUGUUCAAGAUCAGGGAACCUGUGUUAUCUUUUUUGUAGACUGGACAAGAGGAUGUAGGGUAAAAACAGAGAAGGGAGUGAGCAAGGCAAUUGUCUUCUUCACAUCAUUUCCAAUAUUUUGGGGAUCAUCCUGCAUAGGCAGAAGAAAUAAUCAAGCAUAGGCAAUGGGGGAAGCAGUAAGUGCUGAAGGGAUUUUAAACACGUAGUUCAGGCACUGGAUGAAAUUAAUUCUACUGAGUGGUGUUUAACUACCUCUGGAAUAAUCCUCCACCAAUCUGCUUCUAAUCACAGCUGGCCUGCAUCAGAAUGUGCUUGAACACUAUGAACAACCAGAGCACAUUGUGGGAAUUCCACCUACACAGUGGAGCCAAACUGACUGCAAAGAUGAACAUAAUGAGGUGUUACUAGAGCCCCAAAAAACACACAAAAUCCAAUCAUCAGAGCACCUGUAUCAUUAGCAGCAGUGUUUAUCAAGCCGUGCAGGGCCGCAGCCCACUGUGCUCAGUGCUGUCACCUGGGGUGUGUUUGGAGGAGCAGCUUGUGCUGAUUGGGGUGUCCAUGUCUUGUCAGGCGAGCCCGUUAUGGCUCAGGCACUCAGGUGAAAGCACUAACACAAUGAUAAGUCACACUGAGCCAUAUCCAGAGCAGGGUGACUGCGACUGUAGUCUGCUCUCUUAUUCUGUGUAGAAUCUCUUUACUACGUGUUUCAAAAACAAUUUUAUGCUAGUAUUUGAAACCUUGAUUCUUUGGAAAGUGAUUAUUAAUCCCGUGAGAAAGAGGUGUCUGGUUUGGUUUCUUUUUCUUUUUUUCCAUAUUCUCUGCGCUUUGAGGACCAUCGCACCCUCCAGGCGAGGCGGUGCCGGUGUGUCCGGGGAUGGGGGCUGUGGAGUCCUGGCUCCCUCAGGGACGGGGUCUGUCCCAUCGUUCUUCCCCGAAGAAGGCAGUGCCGGGCCGGCCCUGGGCUAAUUGCGGUAAUUAAUUGCAGUGUUAUCACUCAACACUCAACACGUGCUUGUGGAGGAGCUGCCGGAACAGCCACAGCCGAUGGGAAAAGCCCAUGGAAACUGCAGGAACGGGAUGGGCCGGGCGCAUUUUCAGGAGAAAUGAAGGGGAGAAAGAAGGGAUGUUCCUCACCUUCACCCUUGAUCUUGCUGCUCUUCUGUAUCGCCGGGCACACAACUGCUGAGCUGGAUGGCAGCAAAGAAGAGCAUGUUGUGGGUGCUGGUUUGCCUCCACUGAAGCUGGUGCACUCCUUCUGUGCCAUGAAAGCAGACGAGGGCCCGUGCAAAGCCAUCCACAUCCGCUAUUUCUUCAGCAUCAGGAGCCGCAAGUGCGAGGUGUUUGAGUAUGGUGGAUGCCAUGGCAAUGAGAACAACUUCCUGACACUGGAGGAAUGCCAGGAGAAGUGUGUGCCAAAAGAAUUUCCUCAGAAGAUGGCAUUAGCAAAAAAUAAGAAAGCACUGUUUCUAGGACAGCCUGACUUCUGCUUCCACGCCCAAGAGCCCGGGGUCUGCCGAGGGUAUUUCACCAGGUACUUCUACAACAAAGAGACAAAAUUGUGUGAGAAAUUCAAGUAUGGUGGAUGCCUAGGAAACCAGAACAACUUCAGGAGUCUGGAGGAGUGCCAGAAUACCUGCCAAGACAACUCUCUUACAGCUGAAGAGCAUCCCAGCCCUGUGAACAGCAGUUCCCCAGCAUCAGAGCAUCCCAGCACUGUGAACAGCAGUUCCCCAGCAGAAGCACCCAGCCAGUCUCCUGGAAUUUUUGGUAAUUCACUGCCAGCUGCUCCAAAUGAGGAGUCCAACACCCUGAACAGCAGUUCCCCAAAGGAGGAGCCCAACCAGUUCCCCAUUUUUUUUGUUGUGCAAGAGGAAGCAACCAACAGUUGGAAAGAGCCUGAGCAUUCUCACCAAGUAUUUAUGUUGGUUUUUUGCUUUUGCACUUGCUUGCACUUUUGAGGACUGAGUGAUGACAUAGAGACUUGCUAAGGUUUUUGCAUUUUAUAUGUUCUGUAAGGUAACAGGUGUGUAGGUGGCAUUCCUGUGCUCUUUGCUUAGAAUGGAGUGUCCAAUAAAGCAUGAGUGUGUGCUGUACUCUGAUUUUUGCCUGCACUGUAAUCUAUAAGCACUGCUGGUUUGAUGAAAGUUUCUGUACAGUUGUGUUGUUUGCCACGUGCCAAGCAUCCAUGAACUCUGUAAUUUAAAUGAAUGAAUAUAAAACAGUAAAGCUUUUGGCAGCCUAUUUUACUGAAAAUUGUGAAUUACAUCAGGUCUGGUAGUAAGUCUAGGGGCAUUAAGGGGCAAGCACAUUCCCUGAAAGUUUUUAGUCAUAGUAUGAAUAAUCCUCCAAAGAGCUAACCUGUACCAGGAAAGGAGCACGCUUCACUGUUUUCUCAGAGGAAAUGGAAGGGGUUUUGAUUGUGUCAGCAACAGGGAAUUUUCCUGCACAGCAGACUUUGAGAGUAAAAGAAAGAGAACUGAAGAUUGAUGGAACAGAGUCAGUGUAGCAGAUGGGUUGGGUGAGAAGCACAGCUGUGGAAGGACCAGGGAAUUUCAGUGGAAAGUCUGAAGAUCCAACAGGUUCAUCCUAAUUGUGUGACCUUUGUCUUGCUCUUAUCUGCCUCAUGCAGCCUCCUGCUCUGUUUAUCAGCUUGUACCCUUCAGGCUGCUGGAAUGGGCUGAAAUGAGGUGAUUUUGGCAAUCCCACUAGAGGGCCAAAGCUGACAGCUGAUUUCUCCACAGAGACCCGGAGAACAUUGUCUCCUUUGCUGCUCUUUCUGGAGGUGCAGCUAUAAAGUGAAGCUCCAGGGCAGAGACAGGUCACACAAACGUGCAGGGUGACUGUCUGUAGCUUUCUGUGAGGGACAGGAAUUUGGGUGAACUAUUUGGGAUGGAGUGGCUGAUGUCCAUCAAGCAUAGGCAAAUUGAUCUGCCAUUGUAAUAUCUAUUUGCUAUGUAGAUUGGCCUGGUUAUGUAUCUUUUUCAAAGAACAUUUAAAAAAUUAAAUGUAAUUUAGUUAAUUUACACUUUAAAAAAUUACAAGGCAUUGUCUCUUACAGAAUACCUCACCUUACAAUUGACAAGCUAUUUCAUCUUGAUUUUAAGAAAAAAAAAAUUUUUGUUAUGUGUAACUCUGUGACAAUAUCAGGUUUUUAGAUUUACAAUAUAGUUGUUGAUUUUCAGAAGAAUAAACUGUUCUAUAAAUAAAUGGCCAAAUAAAGCAAACCAUGGAUAUAGACAUAAAGUUUCUAGCACUCUCAGUAAUGAACUUUCUGCAGAGAUUGAAAAUAGUUCUGGUCUCCCUCUGCUGAAACAUCUAUAAUAACUUUUACUCUGUGCAAACUAAGAGAGAGUGAGGCUAAGAAUCAAAGCUUUCAUUUUAUGUGCUCUAUGGUAGAAAAUUGCAAGCAGUAUACCUACAUUUGAUUUGGGAGAUUUGAGUGGGAGACAGGAUCAAAAGUCAACUUUCAGCUCAGCGAAUUUGGAAUAGCACAAGGAUGCAGGUCCUGUGAGUACAGAGUCAGGGUCAUCUUCUGCUGAUAUAAAUUGGCACAGUUCUAUUUGCUUUAAUGGAUCUGCACCAAUUUAUACCUGUGGAUUACUGUCAAGUGCAGCUGACUCAUUAUUUUUGUAAUAGCCUGUCCACUUGAAGAUUCUUUUAUUUUCGCUUUGCUGCAACCAGAAAUGAGGAGCUGAAGUCCGCACAUAUUGAAAAUCUGGCAAUAAACCUGAAGUUUCAUGAGUGUCACACACUUGUGUCUGGGGAGGAAUAGCGCUCACUGCAUUUCCUUUCCUCCCAAGAUAAUUUCAAACUUGUUUUCUAGUGUCAAUCAUUAUUAGCAGCCCAUUGUCACACAAGCCCUGCAAAGCCUGGAGUUGGGGUUCUUUCUGAUAAUUGUGAGUCUUUAUCUAGAUGUGCAUUUUUCAGAGAUUCUGAGAUUGAUUAAUCUCUGAUUUUUCAGAGAUUAUGAUCAUGUCAUCUGUUUAUACCUCAGGGGGAUGGCAUUCAGGAAAGGGCUGUAUUAUAGGAACUGAAUCUUAAACCAUACAAUGUGUACCUCUUCUUUUUUAUGUGGUUUUGGGGC